AUGUCUGGUAAAGGUAAAGGUAGAGGUAGAGGAGCUAGAGGCACCAAUGACCUCAUAGAGCGCAUGACUCAGAUUCUGGAAGCCAUGGUGCAUAAUCAAGGCGGGGAGUCGGCUGAGUAUAGAGGGUUAUCUGCCUUCACUAAGCAUGAUCCUCUAAAGUUUGAGGGUGGGUUCAACCCCGAAGGAGCUCAAAGGUGGGUGGCUGAUGUGGAGAAGAUCUUCAAUGCUAUGGGGUGCCGUGAGGAGAACAAGGUUGCCUAUGCCACCUAUUUGCUGUGUGGGGAGGCUGAGGACUGGUGGAUGUUUGCCGGUCAGACUCUGCCACAAGAGGAUGGCUACAUCCAAUGGGAGACAUUCAAGACCAUCUUCCUUGGGAACUACUUUCCCCGGGACCUAAGGAAGCAGAAAGCUAGGGAGUUCCUUGAGCUGAAGCAAGGAAGUAUGACUGUUGGGGAGUAUGCGCAUGGUAAUGGAGAGGAGGAUCUGUGUGCUCAGUUUGAGCAUGGAUUGAGGCCAGACAUCCAGGCUGCAGUCAGUGUGUUUCAAUUGACAGACUUGCCUACUCUGGUGAGCAAGAGCAGAAUCUUUGAAGCUAACUCAAGAGGGAAGAUAGUGGACACUAGGGGAGCCGGCCCUGUGAGGCAAGAUAGAAGACCCCCUAGGUUCUCAAGGGGACCGUAUUCGGGUUCGAACAGCUCUCAGUCUUGA